AGAAGUGUGAGGUAGUGAGUAGUAGCUGAUCCAAGCAACAUUUGGGGUUCCAUCCUUGGAUGUGGGUUUCAAACGAAGGGUUAGGGUUUUAAAUGAGGGUUUGAAAGCCUGGGUGAGUUUUUUCCGGAUGACGUCAUCGACGAUAACAAAACGAGAAAAACGAUCGCUUCACGUUCGGUGGCGACUGAAUCAAUAAAGAAGAUUGGCAGCGUGUUUGCAUUUUUCCCCGCGUUCCAAAUUCGCCACCGGUGUGAACGUGAGUGUGAAUGCGCGUUUGUCUAUAUGUGCCCCACCGGUGAAUGGCAAUGGUGACGAUUCCAUUUGUAUGGCACCGGGCUGACGUUUUUCUUCGCGCGGCGGUUCGAGGCCCGAGCGAGAGAGAGAGAGAGAGAGAGAGAGAGAGAGAGAUAAAUUUAUCCAGCUCAAGCCAGCAAUCCUCCUCAAGCCGCUCAGCGUCGCGCAGGAUGGAUUGAGGAUCCGCUCGCCAGCAGGUAAUCGUGCUGAGUCUUGUGUUGCGAUGUGAUGGUUGGAGGCCAAGUUUAAAUGGAUUAAUCUUGGCUGCUCAACACAGGACGUCCUCUCUGCAAAGCCCGAAGACCUGGGUGGACGAGGUUCUGCCGUUUGUUCCCGGGCACCGCGGAAGGAUGUUUCAAGAUCAACAUUGGAGGCCAGUGUGGUAGCACAAGGAUUCGUGAAAGGUCGUUUUUUUUUUUUUUUUUUUUUUUGCUCUCCUCGCGCUCCAAAUGAUCCAUGGUGUUGUUCCCCGCAAAGAUAAAGCCUCGCAGGACCUUCAGGUCAUCGCCCGAGGAGUCAUUUGGACCCAAAUCAAACAUGGCGAGAGGCGUCAGUCAUCUGACUUUGUCUGCAAAGCAACGAGGCGGCGCCACCUCGGUCGUCUUCCUCGCCUUACGCUCACUGGUCUUCUGCUACUUCUUGUCUUGCUCUGAAGCUUCGGCGAGCUUGCUUGGCAUGGAGCACGACUAUGGCACGAGCCCCAAAUUUGUUUGCAUUCCCAUCCCUCCAGAAGCAGACCCCAGCUGCUACUCCCCACCCGGUGUUCCCCACGGCCCCAGCACCAAUGGCCACGCCAACGGCCACGGCGGCGGCAACCGCAGAAUUCUGAUCUCGGACGAGGCCAAAGCCACCAUCCUGCACCUCCGUGAGAGCCUGGUCAGGCAGAAGGAAACCAUUCUGGACCAGCGCGAGACCAUUAGGGAGCUCACCGCCAAACUCACAUUGUGCGAGGGCUUCGGUGGCCACCAUAGCAAUGGCCAUCACAGCGACCAUCGCGACAAUCACCACAACAGCCGUCACGACGACCAUCACGAUGACGACCAUCACGACGGCCACCGCGCCGGCCCGUCUUCACACCACGGGUCCUAUCACGACAGCGAUCACCACUUCUCCCACAGGUCAAAUCCCCUUCACCGGGAGUCGUACGGCAAACACGGCUCCUUCUCGCCGGAGCAGACUGGGAAAACCUUGCAGACAUUGAAGGAGCGUCUGGAGAACCUGCAGACGAGGAAUUCCUCCAGCUCUUACUCCAGCUCUUUGAGGGAACUCCUCCAGCGCAAGAUCAACGCUCUGGAGGAGCAGCUGCAUAGCUACUACAGGGACCACCACGACGACCACCACGACGACCACCACGACGACCACCACGACGACCACCACCGUGACAACCACCACGACGACCACCACGACGACCAUCACCACGACGACCACCACGACGACCAUCACCGUGACAACCACCACGACGACCAUCACCGUGACAACCACCAUGACAAUCACCACGACGACCACCACCGUGACAACCACUACACUGAUCAUCACGAUGACCACCGUGAUGAACACCAUGGUAACAGUCGCCAUGACGACCACUACAACAGUCACCAUGGGAGCCGUCACUACAACCACCAUAGUGACCACCGCACUCGCCAUCACGAUCCUCACUACGAACACCACGACUGGCACAGCAGCAGCAGUCGCCCUUCCGGCCGCUCCGCCAACCAUCACGGCGACGUGUAUGAACACCACAACGAUCACCAUGACGAACACCACGACGAUCACCGUGACGACCGUCACGACGAUCACCACGAUGACCAUCAUGGUGGCGAUCACCUCCCUCGGCGACUUCCUUUCAGCAGCAAGGAGACAAAUGCACGUAAUAGCGGACACAGCAAACUGGAAACCGUCCUCAGCCAGCUGCACCACGGCCACUCUGAGCACGGAGGCCACAAGAAGCUGAAGAGCUCCAGUGCCUUCCUGCUUGACUUCCCCAUGAGGACUAACUACAUGUACGCCAGAAUGAAGCGCUCCCUGGUGACAGAGAUCUUCGCCCUCACCAUCUGCCUGCGCAUGAAGGCGGGCGCAGGCCCCGGGGUGGGGACGCCCUUCUCCUACGCCGUGCCGGGCCAGGCCAACGAACUGGUGCUCAUUGAGUGGGGGGCCAAUCCCAUGGAGCUGCUGGUGAACGACAAGGCGGUGACGCUGCCCGUGACGUUGAGCGACAGGAAGUGGCACCACGUGUGUGUGACGUGGGCGACACGCGACGGCGUGUGGGAGGUGUACCAGGACGGGGCCAGGAAAGGGUCGGGUCAGAACCUGGCUGCCUGGCACGCCAUCAAACCGGGAGGGAUCUUUCUUCUCGGACAAGAGCAGGACACGAUGGGGGGCCGCUUCGACGUGACGCAGUCGUUCAUGGGAGAACUGUCGGACGUUCACGUGUGGUCGCGAGUCCUGACGCCCGCGGAGAUCUACAGGCUGGCGUCGUGCGGGGCUCGCCUACCGGGCGACGUGGCGUCCUGGGAGCAGGAGGCCGUGGAGCUCCACGGCGGCCUGGCGGAGUUCCCCUUCGACACCUGCCACUGAGACCCGGUCGUCUGCCUUCUCCCAACCGGAACCGGACGAGCCUCCGGCUCCCUUCCUGACUUGCUGACUUGUACUUGAUUGGGCAUUCAACCCGGUUGGGAUCUCGGAGCGUGUUGACACCGUCCCGGACGGCGUGCGGCUCUCGAGCUUGCGCCGCAAGCCACAUGCAGCCGCUCUUUGUUCCAGCUUUUCACACCAAAGACUCGAGGGCCCGGUGAGAAGUGGCAGGUCCGGAAUGAACGGCCUCGCCACUUGAAACCGUAACUUGCCAACCUAAUUUGAAAUGCUAACAAGAACCAUAACUUCAAACCCUAACUUGAAACCUUAAAUUGCGAGCGUAAAUUGCUCCAAUUUAACACCCUAACUCUCCACUCCAAACCGUAACUUGGCAUCUCGGACCACAGUGACGGCAUCCGUUUCUCCAGCGUGUCUUGGGUCUUUCCUCCGAGGGGCCGCGCCUGGACCUCUUCGCUGGGGAGGCGUCCAGGAGGCCUCCUCGCCCGAUACCGGCGCCCCCUCAUCCUACUUCUCUCCAAAACCCUACGAUACUCGAGGAAGAUCUCAUCCCUGACUUCCUCCAAUCGAGAUGAUUUGCAUGAUGAGACUCGAGCGAUAUUUGACACCGGAUGGCGUUUUCGAUGAGACCGUGCAGAGGAGCGGACAGCGGGGUCCGAUUCUGUGUGCGUGCGUAAUUGGAUGAGCUGAUUGCGUAAGGGCACCUGAGGCGUCCAGUCAGCGCUAACCUUACCUCGACGUGUCACCGCGCUAAUGGCGGACGUCCCCUCGGCCACCCGUGUGGUUUACGACAGGAUUUAGUGUCGUAAGCCACGACACUAAAUCCUGGUGUGCGCGCCCAUGAUCAUGGGCGCCACUGGUGUGUGCGCCCAUGAUCGCGCCUAAUUCUCAGUUAACACACAAACACACACACGCACACACACUUUUGUUGCGCAGGCAACCGAGGUGAAGGAUUAUGUGUCGCUCUGCUAACUGGUUUUAGCUGCGCUUUAAACUUUUUAUAAGGUUUUGUACAAGUACCAAAAUAUUGUUGAAUCCUUUGGCAAUUUAUAAAGACUGAGAGAAUUUAUGGAUAUAUUUCUUCUGGAGUUUUUGUGUUGUGUUGUUGUUGUUUUUUGCCCCAACAAAGUAAGGCACUUUGCACCAGAGGUGUCCAAACGACAACCUGAGGGUGAUCUGUUUUUAGCGGUCCGCAGCAUUAGAGUAAACCUCCACUUGCUUAAACAUCGUUCCUUGACACCAAGAUGGUGCCAAAGUAAAAACAUUUGCUUUGGCCAGAACCUAAAAAAAUGUUUUUCCAGUGAAUAACAGAGGAUAGGUUCCAUUAAAAAAAAAACACACACACGUGUGAAUUUGUGAAGAUGGAAAUGUUUGGACACCCCUGGUUAUCCUAAAAUCUUGUCGCCUUAGUGAUAGUGUUUGUUUGCAUCAUGACCACAUCAAAAGCUGUAAAUAAUCUUGUUUUAUUGUCAUGCCAAGUGAUGCUAAUAUAGGGCCAAAUGACAGAAGCAUGAUAUUUUUAUGGAAGAAUCAAAAUAAUAAUAAGAAGAAUGUGUUUAUUGCCAUUGCUUCUUGACAGAAGACGCACGAGAAAAGGACUCACGCCUCCUCUUCCUCGCCUUUGAUGCACAUUUGAUAGCGUCUUUAUUUAUAUUUGUGUCUUUGGCUUUUAAUAUGAAUAAUCAUUGAUGAAUAUGUACGACAGUGAGUUCAGUCCAGAGUCACGAGUAAGCCAAAACUUUUGUCGACUUGUAAACGGAGUCAGCAUUUGGAAUAAAGUUGUAU